GCUGCGCUGCGUCCCAUGAGCACCCGACGCGCGCUCCUGAGAGUUCUAGACCCACUGCCGCGGCGGCUGACGACCGACGAGCAACGCCGUGACGACGAACUGCGAAAGCGCGAGCUGCGCGCCACCUCAUGCGGCGGUCGCCGCUCUCCGAGGCGCGGCUCCACGGAGCGCGGCCUCCGGAGGCCGCGACGCGGUCGCGGGGCGGCGCCUCGGCAGCUUCGAGCUCGGCUGCGCGGCGGUGCCGACGGCGGGCCGCGGGCAGGACGUCCCCCCUCGUCGCGCGCGCUCCGCCUCGUCGCUCCGCGCCAAAGUCUCGCCGUCCGCCUACGCGGCGGCGCCGACGGCGGGCCGAGAGCCUCCCCCCCGCCCCCUCGCGCGCGCGCCCCGCCUCGUCGCUCCGCGCCGCCGUCUGACGCGUCGUCCGCCCAGGUCAAGAUGGCCAGCAAGAAGUGCGUGAAGCCCGAGGGCCAGGAGCCCGACGAGAUCGAGAGCCAGGUCGCGGCCGAGCUCUACAACCUCGAGCAGUCGUCGACGGAGCUCAAGGCGGAGCUCAAGGAGCUCUACUUCCUCAGCGCCAAGGAGGUCGAGGUCGGCGGCGGCAAGAAGGCGAUCAUCGUCUUCGUGCCGUUCGGCCUGCUCAAGAGCUACCACAAGAUCCAGACGCGCCUCGUGCGCGAGCUCGAGAAGAAGUUCUCGGGCCGCCACGUCAUCAUCGUCGCGCAGCGCACGAUCCUCGGCAAAAACUACGCGCGGAGCUCGUCGUCCAAGGGCCCCCGGCCGCGGUCGCGCACGCUCACGAGCGUCCAGGACUGCAUCCUCGACGACCUCGUCUACCCGACGGAGAUCGUCGGCAAGCGCACGCGCUGCAAGCUCGACGGCUCCAAGGUCCUCAAGGUGCUCCUCGACCCCAAGGACCAGGUCAACGUCGAGACCAAGCUCGACACGUUCUCCUUCGUGUACAAGAAGCUCACGAACAAGGAGGUCAUCUUCGAGUUCCCCGUCACCGACCUCUAGAGGGGGGGCGCCGGGGCCCCCGGGGCCCGCCCUUCGCCGACCGCCGCGGUUCCGCUCGCCGCCGCUAAGCGUGAGCACCUUCC